AUGAACUUUUCGUGGCAGUCCAUCUGCCUCACGGCAUUCGGCAUUUUCUCAGCAGCUCGCGCGCUGGAGUUACCGGAAUACGCUGGGUUGAAGACAUCGCUGAACAACAGCAUACUCGAAGUCACUCUUCAUAACUCAAAGUCGCUUCGCAACCUCUGGGAUCAAGACACGCAGGAUGGAUUGACUGAUCUCGUCGGAAGGCUUCAGAAAGACAACGAAACCAAGGUUGUCAUCUUCAAGAGCGAUGUUCCCCGAUACUUCAUGGGUCAUCUUGACUUGACAUUGCCCAACCUUCCUGAAGUUGUUCCCGCUUUCAGCAGGCUCAUAUAUAAUAUUUCGCAGCUUCCCCAGGUUACGAUUGGCGCAGUGGAAGGUAGAGCGCGAGGUGCUGGAAACGAGCUUCUCGUUUCACUUGACAUGAGAUUCGCGGUCAAGAACGACACUCUAUUCGGACAGCCAGAAGUUGGCAGUGGUACCAUUCCUGGAGGCGGCGGAUCUCAGUUCCUUCCGGGGUUGAUCGGCCGUGGACUGGCCAUGGAAUACAUCCUUAGCGCUAACGACAUCAACGCCGUAGAUGCGGAGAGAAUUGGCUGGAUCAACAAGGCUUUCGAUUCUUCAGCAGAGAUGUACAAGUACAUCGACGGACUCACCACGCGUUUCGCUUUGUUUCCACAAGGAGGAUUAUCAGCCGGUAAGACUGCGAUCAAUCGUCGUACCACGCCAACGCUCGAAGACCUUCAAGGAGAUGUGAGCUUGUUUCUCGAACGUAUCGAAGAUCCUAUCGUUCAAGAGUUGACGGCCAAAGGAUCAGCUGGAAACGAAACAUCGGCUUUCGAAUUAGAGCUCAACCUUGGAGAAAAUAUCUUGACCCUGUACCAGUAG